ACCAACUCCAACCGUCACAAUGCCUCCGCCAGCAGUACAACUCGCUGAAACCCUUCCGCCACGGCUCCUUCGAUUUUUCCAAAGGUUCCCCCCGCCAGCAUUGACACCCAAUCGACCCGUAAAGCCGUCGCAAAUCCCUGUCGUUGCUUCCACCACCUCCUCCGCCGACCCAAAUGCUCCUGCUUUAGAAUCUGCCACGCCAGAAGCUCCUCUCUCAGCUCCUGUUGAGCCCGAACUACCAUACCACAAUCCUUUCCAACCCCGCAAAAACUACCGAACCGGAAAAUGGCAUGGCCCAGUUUAUGGCCUGCGGCAACAGGCAGACCUUGUUAAGGUUGCGCAAAAGUACGGCGUGCUAGAUCUCCUUCCUUACACAAUUAAGAAGCCAGGCGAGAAGGAGAAGAGGAGGAUAGAGAGAGGUCUCAUGGUCAAGGGUACUGGUGUGGGCCAGAAGGUGAAGGGAAAGCUGUGGGAGCGAACGCUCAAGGGACGAUUAGACAAGAGGAGGGAGGCUAUGUUGAAUAUGCCAGCGUUGAUACAGGAAUGGAAGCAGAAAGGACAUGGUCGCGGUUGGAAGAAGUGGCCGAAAUGAUUGUGUGCUACAAUUUAUCAAGAACACAAUUCAUCAGGUGGAGUUUUACUUCCGCCGUGUAUUUUUCAAUAAGCAGGCACAUCUGCUAUGUAUACCUACGCAUGUACAGGUCGCCACGAGCGCAUUUAAGCGGAGUAUGGGAGAACUGGCAAGCAAUAAUGAUUAGCUUGUACACAAAACAUCUCAAUGAAAUAACGCCAAGAGAGACGGGCGGAUUACAUCACUAGAUUCAUGUGUGGGCUAAUUGUAGGUUGCUGAUGAAAUACUAUUGCGAGCGUGGGGUAUCUGAUUAAUUAACAACGAACCAUUGUCGCGCAAAAGAGUCGGGUUCCUCCAAACGAUUGUGUGGCCUGGUUCUGCCUUAUCGAUCCCUGAUACAAUCAUCUAUGAUCUUGCUG